ACAAGGAUCUGUACAAGGAGGCCAUGAUGGAGGAGCACCAGCCUCUUAUAUCACAAGAGAAUCCCAAUAAGAAUUCAGAAGAAAAUAUCAUGUUAUCACUAAAUUAUAAUUUAGAAGAUGAAGAUAUCAUGCCGCGCUCUUCAGGAGAAAACCUCAUUACCCUUAAUUUAUAUCAGGGACUUCACAGCACAGAUCUGUCAUAUAAUCCUAAUCAUGAGGAACCUUCUCCUGAUCAAUCACAGAUUGUUACCACAAGUACAGGCCAGAAAGGGGGUAAAGAGUUCUCAAAAAGUUCAGGUCUUUCUACACACAGAAGUACUCGCACAGGGAAUAAGCCAUACUCCUGCUCAGAAUGUGGAAAGUGCUUUAAAGAUAAAUCAGAUCUUGUUACACAUGAGAAAAUUCACAAAGGAGAGAAGCCAUAUUCGUGUUUAGAAUGUGGGAAAUGUUUUACACAGAAAUCAUAUCUUGUUAUACAUAAGAAAUAUCACACAGGAGAGAAACUAUAUUCAUGUUCAGAAUGUGGGAAAUGUUUUGUCCAGAAGUCAACUUUAGGCAUACAUGAGAAAAUUCACACAGGAGAGAAGCCGUAUUCAUGUUCAGAAUGUGGAAAAUGUUUCAUACGAAAAUCACAUCUUGUUUUACACGAGAGAAAUCACACAGGAGAGAAGCCAUAUUCAUGUUCAGAAUGUGGGAAAUGUUUCACACGAAAAUCACAUCUUGUUUUACACAAGAGAAGUCACACAGGAGAGAAGCCAUAUUCAUGUUCAGAAUGUGGGAAAUGUUUUGCACAGAAAUCAAAUGUUGUUACACAUGAGCGAAUUUGCAAAAGAGAGAGAGACUGUAAUGCUGAAUUGCUAUAAGUAAAAAAAAAACUUUAAUCCCAUGUUACUUAAAGACAAAGUUGGGGCUACAUGGCAACUUCAGUUGCUCCCCAGCAAAUCUCUUAAUAGUUGAGCAACUUUUCUGCAACUUGCUGUCACGCAGCUUUUUUAGCUAUUAUUUGGCUGUUAUUUUUUUGAUAGAAUUAUCCUGGCUCUAUCAAACAAUGUAAUGCUCAAAAGAAAACUUUGUUUACUUCUAGAGCAGUGAAGAUGAAUUGUCAUCAUGAACCUUGUUUCUUAUCACUGUAUUCACACCUCCACCCACAUUGUGGGAGAGUCCAGAGUAAAAAUGGAGAAAAGUAAUGGCGCUCCAUGUAAUUGUUUUAUAUUGUACGUGGACAUAUUAAUAUGUCAUCUUAAUUUGGUAUUUAAAGGUGUUCUCAUGCAUUUGGUCUAAUUAGUGAACAGUGCUAAUCUGUGAGGGGCUGCCCUUUAACAUAGGACCUACCAUCCCUUGCUCCCCUGAUGCUGCCGUCUGCAUUUUAGUCCAAGCAGCUGAACAGGAAAAGUGGCCACAUCCUGUUGAAAGAGCCCGCAGCACGCAACAGUGCAGUGCAAAUGGCAGCAUUGGGGGAGCGAGGGAGGGUAAGUCCUAUGUAAAAAAGCUUCCCUCCACAGGUUAGCACCAUUCACUACUUAGACUAAAUGCCCAAAGAUAAAAUAAAAUAUAUUUUCUCCACGACCGUGUCACCAUUGUCACUGACAGACAUUUUCUUCUUGGCUCCUA